UCAUACUUCAUACUUACUGACCGAUAACUCAUAAAUAUCGUCGUCUGAUGCGAUAUCGCUUUGUUUAGAAAGAAUGCCCUUAUUUUUCGUGUGUAUUUUCGUUCUUUGGGGUGUUUCGUUCAGUUUUCUCAUCAAUGGAAACAGCAACCAUACUGUUUAUGGACCUAGUGGAGCCACUAGUCAUUCUGAAAUUGACAUGAUCCAUCUGUUAAUGAACCAGGAGACAUACUUCCGACUGGAACUCGAGAAAACUCUUCAUCAAGUUAGCCGCAGUGUUGAGGGCCUGAAGAAUGAAUCACAAUUAUUCAAAAGAGAAAUCGAAAUCCUGAAAAAAGAAAACGGAGACUUGAAAGAGGAAAAUUCCCGUUUGUAUCAAAACAUGUCUGACAUUAAAGCCCGGAUUAGUGCUAUGCACUUUGCUGGGACUAGCGAUCUUCAAACAAAGGUGUCCAACUUGACAUUUAGUUUGACCGAAACGAAACAUAACUUGACAUCUGUGAAUACCAUGUGUUACUCCCUGACUGAUAGGCUUAAUGAUUUUAUGUUGUAUACUACACAUGACAUGAAUCAACUUUCUGACAUGAUAACCCAUAUACAGCGGAAUAUAUCAUUAAUAAACAUGAUUAUGAAAGAAGAAGACUGUUACACUGUACUGAAGGAAUUCCCCGAUACUAAAGGCCGGGACGGGGUGUAUACAAUCCAGCUUAAAUAUGGUCUACACAAACAGGUCUACUGUGACAUGACUACAGAGGGGGGUGGUUGGACGGUGAUACAGAGGAGAGUUGAUGGAACAGUGGAUUUUUAUCGCCCAUGGUAUGAUUAUAAAGCGGGUUUCGGUACUCCUACAGGCAAUGUGUGGCUAGGAAAUGACGUGAUAUAUGAACUCACCAAUCGAACGAAUCAGGAACUACGGAUAGACGUAGAGGCGUUUUCCGGGGAAACUGGGUUUGCAAAGUAUUCAAAUUUCUCCAUUGGAAAUGAAGCGGACAAAUACAAACUAAAUGUAACAGGAUUUUCAGGGACUGCAGGGGACAGUUUGAUCAAUGCUCAUAAUGGAAUGUACUUCUCUACAAAAGACAGGGAGAAUGAUAUACAUACGUCUGCCAACUGUGCUAAGGAAUAUAAAGGUGGAUGGUGGUAUAGCAACUGCCAUGAUAGCAAUUUGAAUGGCCCUUACCUAUCAUCGCCGGAGAUAAACAGUGUGGCUAUCGUUUGGCAAUAUUUCCACAAUAAAGAUGAAGCAUUAAAGGCAACAAAAAUGAUGAUACGACGAAACAGUUAUUAAAUUGUUUUUACUCUA